AUGACGGGCAGACUAGCUGGACAGACUAUAAAUGAUAGGCUAUUAGCCGCCAAACAUAGUUUGGCUGGACAAGGACUAGCAAAAUCGGCAUGUAAAGCGACCACCGAGGAAAUGAUUGGCCCCAAAAAGAAACAUUUAGAUUAUUUAGUCCACUGUACAAAUGAACCCAACGUGUCCAUUCCACAGCUAGCAAAUUUGUUGAUUGAAAGAUCUCAGAAUACGAAUUGGGUUGUUGUAUAUAAAGCGUUAGUUACAGUUCACCACAUGAUGUGUUAUGGAAAUGAAAGAUUUACACAAUUCCUAGCUUCCAGCAAUAGUACAUUUCAACUCAGCAACUUCUUGGAUAAAGGCGGAGUUCAAGGGAUUCUAAGUGCUAGGACUGGUUAUGACAUGUCACCUUUCAUUAGACGCUACGCAAGAUAUCUCAAUGAAAAAGCAAUAUCCUAUCGAACUGUGGCCUUCGAUUUCUGCAAAGUGAAAAGAGGGAAAGAUGAUGGAAUUUUGAGGACAAUGCACGCCGAUAAGUUAUUGAAAACUGUUCCUGUAUUGCAAAAUCAACUCGACGCUCUCUUGGAAUUCGAUUGCUCAGCCAAUGACUUGACUAAUGGCGUCAUCAACAUGUCUUUCAUGCUGUUAUUCAGGGAUUUGAUAAGACUUUUUGCUUGUUAUAAUGAUGGAAUCAUAAAUUUAUUAGAAAAAUUCUUUGAUAUGAACAAGAAGCAAUGUCGGGAAGCUUUGGAUAUUUACAAAAAAUUCCUGAUCAGGAUGGAUAAAGUGGCGGAAUUUCUGAAAGUGGCUGAGAAUGUUGGUAUUGAUAAAGGAGAUAUUCCAGACUUGAGGAAAGCGCCGAGUAGUCUUCUAGAUGCACUAGAGCAACAUCUGAAUCAGUUGGAAGGAAAAAAAACAUCUUCUCUGUCCUCGCAAUCGUCAAAUAGUAGCAAUCAGAAGAACGUCAAAUCUGGAGUGACAGCUCUGUCAUCCACUAGUAAUGCAUUCGGAAAUGUCGUUGCCAAUGGCCGUUUCGAUUCACCGCCCAAUGGCAUCGAUGAAAGCUUGAAACUUCAAAUUUUGGCUGAAGAGGAAGCUGCCAUGAAUCAAUUCAAGUCGAAAGUGUCCCCGUCCGCCGUCAACAACCCCUUCUUGACCGCCUCCUCCUCCUCAUCGUCGACGAUGACGUCAUCGCCGCCAGCGACCGCCCCCCACAUGGAUCUCUUCGCCCCGGUGGCGGCGGCGGCGGUGGCGCAGACGCGAGCCUCCGACGACCUGCUGCAGCUGUCGAAUCCGUUCGCGGAGGCGUUCGCGCAGCCGCCGGCGCCCAGUGCGUCCGCCUUCAUGACGCAGCAAAGCGUCUGGAUGGCCAACGGAAAUGGUUUUGGAGCAGUGAGUCCUACAUCCAACUCUGUGAUAACAAAUGGAACAUUCGUUUCUGAAAAUAAUUUUGCUUCUGUAUUUGGCAAUGCAGAUGGAAAAGCCAGCAAUUUCGAUGCCUUAGGCGGUGUCCUUCAACCGGUCAACGCGAACGGGCAGAGACACAACAUAUCCAACAACACGAGCGAAAACAACGUGAACAACAAUCAGCCGAACAACGCCAGCGCUCUUCUGACCGGCGAUUUGGAAUCCAGUUUGGCGUCGCUCGCCGAAAACCUCACCAUCCAUGGCAGAACGGCUCCCAUAAAGGGUGUUCAAUGGAACUCGCCGAAGAACAAUUCGAAAACGGGUAACAGCUGGACCCCCCAACCCAUGUCGGAUACGACGGGCGCCGGAUACAAGCCCAUGAACCAAGCGAUGCAAACUUCGCCGUUCAGUAGUAUGACUGCCACCUCUCCGCAGCCUCAGAUUUAUCCACAGAUGUUGGGUAUACGUCCGAUGCCUACAACCCAUCCUAUGAUGAGCCCCAUGCCAGCGAUGAGUCAGGUAAACCCUCCAUCAAACCAGAUGGGACAGUCUCUCUUGUUCCACUGA